CUCACGUGACAUGCCAUCAGCUCACGUGACAAGACACCCUUUUCACAUGCUCCUUCAGUUCAGUUCAAACGGAGUUCAGACUAGAUCAGACAUGGAACGAAAAAGCUUAGAGCCAUGGUUCAGGCAGCACGUCAGCACACGUGUCAGCAGCAACGACGUGGCGGAAAUUCCAAGUGAAAAUGAAGCUCUGUUGGUUGCUGCCAUGAACGGAUCAUUUCGAGGCGUUGAGGCGGCUCUGAAAGCUGGUGCAGACAUUGACUUCUAUAACCUGUUCAGCAAUGUCACCAAACAUCCACACGUCCCGGCAUGCCCAGCAUUGCACAUAACUUGUCUCUUGGGACAUGUUGACAUAGUGAGACUGCUGCUCCGCAAGGGGGCGUGGGUGGCCCAUAGAGACGCGGCCACAUCUUCCGCGCUUCACAGAGCAGUGGCCAAAGGGUCUACAGAGAUAGUGGACUUGCUGGUGCAGCAUGGUGCAACAGUAGACACACAGGACGUCCACAAGAACACACCACUCGUGGUUGCCGUUAGUUACAACCAUGUCGACACAGUUCGGCGACUGAUCGAGCUCGGCGCAAGACCAGAUUUAGACCAUUGUCCUUUAUUCAAGACGUUAAAGGAAGACGCCAAAAACCGUGCCCGUGUAGAAGAGAGUUUGAAGCUGGUAGAGGAGGCAAAGAAGACCAAGCUGUUGAGAUGCUGCAACCCCAAGUGUGGCAAACCAGGCUACAGGAAAACCGGAACCCUGAAGCUGUGUGCCGGGUGCAAGCUGACCCGCUACUGCAGCCGUGACUGUCAGAUACAACACUGGUCUGUCGGACACAAGAAGUGCUGUCAGUAUGACGUGUACACUGAAGAGACAGCUGAUAUCUACAGAAAGAUGUCUCUGCUGACAGUACUCUUUCAAGUACACCCAUCCCAAGUGUAGCAUGCUCGCAAAUCCUACAUGUAAUCAGUUAGCUUUUUCUGACUGGGUAAUAUUGGCACCUUUGUAUGUAAAAAUGUUGUGCUAAGCUUUUUCAAACGCAUAUUCUGUGCAAAAUCUAUGUGUAUUCUGCGCAAAAUGUUAUCUGGUUUUACAAGACCUCUUUUGAUUUUGUUUUAUAUUGUAGAAGAAAGUAAAAAAAGUGCAACAAGGGCAAUUAAUUUUUUUUUACAACCUUUGCAGAAACCACAUUUUUUUCUACCUUGUUCGAUCAAACGUCGUAGAAUGAAGUCAUGCACUAUGUUCAAUAUUCUCGCUAAAUUGUGUUUCAUCUUAUCAAAGUAACUGUCUACUGAUCGAAGAAGGUUCAGUCGAAGAUCUAAGUUACCGGAAAGGCUUGUGAUAUUGAUUUUUAGAAAAAAAUGUAACAAGAAUAAGCCUAUAUUAAUCGAAACCAUAAUCCGACACUAUUCUCUAAGCACAUUAUUCAAUGCCUACUUGCAAUAUUUUACUAUUUUUUGGCUAGCCCAUGCCAGUGGUUUUUGAUUAUCAUCCAAUGACCUGCAGUACUAUAUAUAUAUGUAACAUCUACAUGUUUUAAGUGCCCUGCAGUCCUUCAGUUGUACACUUGUACUUAAUAUUGUUGGUUUAACAACAACUGUUAAUAAAUCAUCACCUUUGUGUCAAGGCAGUCACUUGUAUACAUACCUAAUUGUUUUCAAUUUGAUGGUGGACUAUUGUAUGAAGUUGACCCUAUAGGUAUGGCAAUUUAAAAAUUUCCGUAAUUGUACCAAUGAGUAUUUUAGGCUCAUGAAUCAUGUAACGAUUUUGCCCA